CUUCACCGCCUCCGCCUGGGAGCUCCGGCAGCCCCUGGGCUGCGACCGCAGGAAGGAAGGAGCCCCUCGCCCGCCCCGACGCCCAGCCCGUCUCCCCAUGACUGCACCCGGCCCCGCUACCGACGGACGUCGCCCCAGCGCCCGGGUUUAACACGGAAGCGCGGGUCGGGGGCCGCGGAGGGAGGAAGAGGGAAACCCGGCAAGUCCCGCGUCCCUCUCGGCCCGGCGCGGUGCCUCGGCCGGAGCCAUGACCUCGCUGACCCAGCGCAGCUCGGGGCUGGUGCAGCGGCGCACCGAGGCCUCCCGCAACGCCGCCGACAAGGAGCGGGCGGCUGGCGGCGGCGGCGGCAACGGCGAGGACGACGCGCAGAGCCGCCACGACGAGCAGGACGAAGACGACAAGGGCGACUCAAAGGAAACGCGGCUGACCCUGAUGGAGGAGGUGCUCCUUCUGGGCCUCAAGGACCGAGAGGGUUACACAUCAUUUUGGAAUGACUGUAUAUCAUCUGGAUUACGUGGCUGUAUGUUAAUUGAAUUAGCGUUGAGAGGAAGGUUACAGCUAGAGGCUUGUGGAAUGAGACGUAAAAGUCUGUUAACAAGAAAGGUGAUUUGUAAGUCAGAUGCUCCAACAGGGGAUGUUCUUCUUGAUGAAGCUCUAAAGCACGUUAAGGAGACUCAGCCUCCAGAAACGGUCCAGAACUGGAUUGAAUUACUUAGUGGUGAGACAUGGAAUCCGUUAAAAUUGCAUUAUCAGUUAAGAAACGUGCGGGAACGAUUAGCUGAAAACCUGGUAGAAAAGGGCGUGUUGACAACGGAGAAACAGAACUUCCUUCUUUUUGACAUGACGACACAUCCCCUCACCAAUAACAACAUAAAGCAGCGCCUCAUCAAGAAGGUGCAGGAAGCCGUUCUCGACAAAUGGGUGAACGACCCUCACCGCAUGGACAAGCGCCUGCUGGCCCUCAUCUACCUGGCCCACGCCUCGGACGUCCUGGACAACGCGUUCGCGCCCCUCCUGGACGAGCAGUACGAUCUAGCCACCAAGCGGGUGCGGCAGCUCCUGGACUUAGACCCUGAGGUGGAGUGUCUGAAGGCCAGCACCAACGAGGUGCUGUGGGCGGUGGUGGCCGCCUUCACCAAGUGACCCUGCACAGAACCGAGCGUCCUCCUUUCUCUCGCGGGAACCAGUCGUUUUUCUUCCAGGGACUCCUGGUUUUCUGCAGUUUGUACUUCCCACACUGUA